AUGUCAAAUGAUGUAACUUGUAGAGUGUUGCUAAAGAAUUAUAAUGAUAUCAAGAAUCUAACUCUUGGUGAAACUGCUCCAGAUUUCGAAUACAAGUGCACUGCCUACCAGUACUGCUGUUACAACUACACAGUUCCCCACAGCCCCUGGUGUUGUGAUGCCAGCUACACUCUCCCCUAUAAAGAUUGGUAUCUGUGGGUAAUCCUCUCAUUGAUCACGAUCCUGAUAUGUGCUCUGUUCUUCUACUUCCGGUUUUACCAGAAACGUCAGCUAGAACGCCGGAUACACCGGGCUAAACUGGAGCUGGAGGCUCACUACAGACCGCUGGGCCACCAGAUUGCAAUCAGCAGAAGAGACGUCGAGGAUGACGACAAGAGUUGGACUACAGAAGAUCCACCUCCCUGCUACAACGACAUCAUGGCAUCUCCACCUUCCUAUUCAAGCAACAAAAACAUAGCUACUUCCUUCCAACGAGAUGCAGCCCCGACCCAAUCCAAUGCGUCUCCUUCUCUCUCCAGUGCCAUGCGCACUGCCAUCCACCCCCAAGCAGCAGCUUCAUCUUCAUCGGGAGUUUCUCGUAAUGCCCCGCUAUCAUACUCGCCUCUAGUGGACAAUAGCAGACGCCAGUUACCUCGGGUUAGAGAUAACAGUGGACCCUACUCUAGAUAAGCUUUGUUUUGUAAUAAUGUUAGGAGGUUUUUUGACCGAAAUGGGGUCGGUUAAAUGUUUGCAGCGGUGGUGUUGGUUUGACAGAAGGGAAGAAAUGUGCUCAUGUCAUGAGUUUUUUAUUUGUAAUGGAGCAAUUAUUGAUGUGCUUUUAACAAGCCGUGUUUUCAUACCUAGCCAGGACUAGCAGGAUUUCUUAUUGAAGGAAUUUUAUAAUUGUAAAUAUUAAUAGUCUCAUUCAAAUGCCGCAAUUACUUAUUCUCAUUAAUUUUUAAUUGACGUCAUGUUACCACGGAAAUGUUGUAUUGAGCAACUUGUUAAACUCAAGUUUUGAAUGAACAAGACCGUUUUCAUAUUACUCUUCAGGGGGUUUCUAAAUGAUUACGCUAAUGUAACCUCUACACAAUAUCUUUGUGUAAAAGUGAUUCCAGAGGAAUUCUAAAAAUGGCCGAGAAAUAAUAUAUGUCAACGCCGCCUAGUAUAGUGUAAAUUACAGGAGGAUCAGUAUUUAAUGGCUUAAAAUAUUAUUGAGAUUAUUUGUUCAAUGUUAAAGAUGUUUAAAAAACCACUUGCACUGCACUGUGUUAUGUUGCCUAAAUAGUGUCUCACCCAAAUGUUGAACAAAUAUGUUGAGAAUGUCAGGUAUUUUGACCUCUAAAUUGUGUAUAGCCAAAGUAACUUCAACACGAUAAUAUGCGUUAUAUUAUUAUCAAGCAUUUUUAUAUACCUGACACCCAAGCUUUUUGUACUAUUAUCCUUUUUCACGCAUCUUUGAACGUAUUUCCCAGUUUUAGAACUGUUAAAAUGUAUUUUGACAGUAAGAUUAUUCUGACAUUGUUUUUAACGCUAGAUAUUUUACUCCAUUCGUUCAGAUUAUCUGUAGAGAAAAUGAGAAGCAGACAAUUUUUCUUGAGAUAACGGGACAUUUCUAUAAUAUCCAAUGUUUUUGAAAAUGUUAAUUGUACACAGGAAGAUAAAAUCAUUUCAAAUUGUAUGUAAAACAGACUUUUGUUUAUUCGGUUUUGUUGAAAUGAUGAAAAUAACAAUUUGACUCUGUUAAGAAAUGUUUUUUAACUCAUUAAUGGACUGAAUCUUAAGGUUUGCUGAAUGGUAAUAUUGUUGAAAGUAAAGUUGUGGAUUUUGAGUAAGCGUCUGGAGUGGUUCAGUGGUUGGGUGAGCUAAAUAUGAUCAAAUAUCAGACGGUACGAUAUACUAUGGGCGUAGUUCGCUGCCACUGGUAACAUUUCAAUUAGAGAGAAAAUCCCGAAAUUUCCAUAAUGUUCAGUGCACACUACUUACCUCCUGAUUCGGAGCUGCUAUUCACGUAUUAUAUGAUUGGAUUGUUGCAGAAAUGGCAUUUAUCGAGAGUUACCUAGUAUAGUUCAUUGUCCCUCUGUCCCACUGAGGUUGCAAAUUUCAGUCUUGGAUGGAAGCGGCGUAGUUCUUGGUGUGGUCACGCGCCCUAUUUAUGGUACGUAACGCGCAUGCAGGAUCGAUAAAUAAAAUUUGUUCCUGAGCUAGCUGGGCCCAUGGGCUGUGUUUUUAUUUUACCUGAAAUUGAUGAUCGAAGAAUCACGAAUUAUUAAGAAUGAAAUCGGUCGAUUGCCUUACCCAUUCAUUCACGAUCGACGAUUCAUUGAGAGGCAUUACCCGUACUAACGAUGCGAUAAACCUUUAACCUCACCUCAUUAGACAGACUUUUACAUGUUGUUGUAUUAGUUGUAGUAUAUUUUUCAAAAGGGAUCAUAAAUUCGUAAAAAACUCAACACUUAUUUUG